AUGAAGUUUAAGGGGUUGCAUCUCCUCUAUUUCAUCACGGUGUUUGUCACUUUUAUGUUAAGUGAUGCAUUGAAGCUGCGCCAAUCGAAUCACAUUCGCAAGUCCAUCAAAAGUGAAGACGGAGAUGUGAUCGAUUGUGUUGAAAUCUUUGAUCAACCAGCAUUUGAUCAUCCAUUGCUUAAAAAUCACACGAUGAAGAUGAAACCGAGUUACGGUCCAGAAGAACUGUUUCGCGACCAAGACACAAUGUCCGCCUCAAACGCGAACACAAAGCAAAAAACCAUCACUCAUGUAUGGCAACUUUCCGGCGAGUGCCCCGACGGAACCAUCCCUAUUAGAAGAACCGGAAAACAUGAUUUUUUAAGAAAUAUUUUCAAAUUUAAAAAGAGGCAUAGAAACAUUAACAAUCGUCCAUUAUCUUCUUCAAAUGGCUCGGACUCCGUUGACAUCGCCGUUCACGAGUACGCGUAUUCAACCGUCGCCAUGGGAGGAAAGUAUUAUGGAACAAAAGUCACCGUAAGUGCAUGGCAACCCUAUGUGAAGAAUGGAUUGUUGGUAACAUCAUCAGCGAUGCUUGAAGGAAGAGGUACGUCUGAAAGGUUUGUGGUUUUCCCUCAUCUUCUAUGGGAUAAUCACACAAGACUUUUCAGCGAUGAUUACACGUCAACCGGGUGUUGGAAUUUGAUGUGCUCAGGUUUUGUUCAAGUUAGCAAUGAAAUUGUAGUAGGGGGCGCCAUUGCCAAUUUCUCGUCUGAUCAUCUCUACUCAGAAAUUUCUAUAUUAGUGUGGAAGGACCAAAAACAAGACGUUUGGUGGCUAAAAUACAAUGGCACUACUGUUGGUUACUGGCCUGCUACUUUAUUUAAUCGAUUAAAUGAUAGUGCUCAAUUGAUCGAAUGCGGUGGAGAGAUCAUAAAUUCAAUGAUAAACGGAACACACACUGCAACUCAAAUGGGAAAUGGCCAAUUCCCAAAUGAAAAGUUAGAAAGAGCAAGCUACUUUAUGAAUAUUGAAAUAAUGAACCAGACAAUGGCAUUAGGGCCUCCUCCUGGUGGUAACAUUCUUGGCACUGCAACGAAUCAAGAUUGUUAUAACAUAUCAGUUGGAAAGAAUGAUACUUGGGGGAAUUUCUUUUACUACGGUGGACCUGGCAGAAAUCCCAACUGUCCAUGA